AGGAUGAGCCUGUGUGUCCCACCAAGACUGCUGGAGCUGGCCACUCAGAGCCUGCUAAAGGAUGAGGCCUUAGCUAUUGCUGCUCUGGAGUUGCUGCCCAUGGAGCUCUUUCCACCUCUGUUUGUGGCUGCCUAUUCUGGGAGACAGAGUGAAGCACUCAAAGCAAUGGUGCAGGCCUGGCCCUUUGCUUGCCUGCCUCUUGGAGCUCUGAUGAAAGAAAAGCAGUUUCAUCAGGAGAAUUUCCAAGCUGUUCUCAGUGGACUGGAUGCACUACUUUCUCAGGAGGUUCACCCCAGGCGUUGGAGGCUGCAAGUGCUGGAUUUAUGCAAGAAUACCCAUCAAUACUUCUGGACCCUGUGGUCUGGUACCAGGGCUAGUCUGUGCUUAUUGAUGGAGUCAGAGGAUACUCACCCAGUGAAGACAAAGCAAAACAUGAAUGGUUCCAGGAUAGGAGCAGAACAGGCUUUGAUCCCAGUGGAGAUGUUCAUAGAUUUGUCCCUAAAGAAGGGCAGCCAUGAUCAAUUGCUCACCUCCCUCAUUGAAAAGGUGAAGCAGAAGGAAAGUUUACUGCACCUAUGUUGUAAGAAGCUGAGUAUUUUUAGAGUUCCUUUGCAAAAUAUUAAGUCAGUUUUAAACAUGAUGAGGCUGGACUCUAUCCAGGAUUUAGAAGUGCAUUGCACCUGAAAUCUUUCCAACCUGAGGAAUUUUGCUCCUCAUUUCGGCAGACUUUUGCACAGAUUUGUGCUCUCCCACAUCCAUACAUCUUUGUACACAUCCUUGGAGGAGGAAGAGCAGUGUGUCCACCAGUUCAGCUCUCAGUUCCUGAGUCUGCAUCACCUCCAAGAACUGUGUUUGGAUUCCAUCCCCUUCCUUGAAGGCCGCCUGCACCGUGUGCUCAGGUGCCUGACAAGCUCUUUGAAGAUCCUCUGGAUCACUAAUUGCCUGCUUUUGGAAUCAGACUUGAUGUACCUGUCCCAGUGCCCCAACAUCAGUGAACUAAAGGACCUUGAUUUAAGUGGGGUCAAUCUAACCAGCAUAAAUCUUGAGCCGCUUCGAGAUUUUCUAGACAGAGUCUCUGCCAUCCUCGAAACCCUGGGGUUAAUUGAUUGUGGGAUUGUAGAUUCCCAACUCACUGUCAUCCUGCCUUCCCUGAGCCACUGCUGCCAGCUCACAGCCAUUAAGUUAUGUGGGAAUUCAAUCUCCAUGUCCAUGCUAGAUAAUCUCCAGCACUAA